AUGCCUCAAGUGUUCUCUGUUCCGGUGGACUGUCAGUGCCAGGUCAAACUAUUUGAGGCAACACUGCCAAGCCAGGGUCGAGAUUUCAAGCUGGGGUGGGUUGCGGCCCGGCAUGAGCCUUUUGGAGGUGGCGGCAACAGAGGCCUUUUGAUGCAGCGGGGCUGCUUUAACACCGGCAGCGGAGCCCUGCGGGGCGUCUGCAACUUGGAGAAGAAAGAGGUGGACCUCUCAAAGCCUGAGAAGUACCUGGUCAAGGAGGCCUACUACAUGCAUGAUGAAGAGAUGGACGAGGACCAGGCCUUGUCUGUUCUUCUUGAAGAAGGUGAUGAGUCAGCUCUCAUAGUAGCUGACUUUGAGGAUCAAGUUGUCCAAGUCUGCCAAGACUCUCCUGAGCUCUCCAUGGCCUUCUCCGCCUACCAAGAUGCCAGAGCCCGUUUGCGUGACAAAGCGAGAAGCAGAGGCUUUUGGGCCACUGGAAGGAUGAGUGCCCUGCCAGGAACCAGGUCCCUGAAAAAUGAAUGUGAGGGCUCGGGCGAUUUAGGCGAAGGUAAGGUGAACAAACAAGCACUGCAGCAGCAGCCUUCGUUGGUGCUUCACGGCAGCGAGAAUUUGAAUACGGAAGCUGAAGAGUCAGUGGACUGGGAAGUGCUCUCUCGAACCAUGUCGGAUCGAGAGGGUCCCUCAAGCCCUCCACCAGUGGCAAGAAGAGUCCGAGAUCCCGAGGCUGUGGAACCGAUGAAGCUCUACAUGGAAGAGACCACCAAGGAGGAGAAGAUGACCCGGAUGGCAAUUCUACAGAGGGAAGUUGAUCGGCUCCGAGCCGACUUGGAAAAUGUGUAG